UACUUGUCAAUCGAAGGGUCAUUCGCAGUUCAGAUGACAUGACGUUAUGUCGGAAUCAUCAUAGCUGGCUAGAUGCUGGUUUUCUAGCUAGCCUUUAACGUGGAAAUAGUUCCCAGGCUCAAUGAAUUUAAAUUUCUAUAAAUCAGUCUAAAAUAAUGUGCCGCGAUUGGGUGUUUCAAACAUUUUGGAGUGCUUAGUGUUUUUUGGGUAUUAAUUUAAGUGCAAAUUCGAUUAAAGAAAGUGAAACUUUAAACCGUCCUCUUUUUAAAGUUUGGAGCCGUAGCCUGUAGAACAAUUAUAAUGAUGCCCCUAAAACUUGUGUUGAGUGUAGUGCUUUUGGUGUCCAUCAAAAGCAUAUUCGCAGCUGAGUUGAGUUUAAUUCAUUUUAAUGAUUUUCAUUCUAGAUUCGAUACAGUCGACCCACAAAAUAAAGGUGGCAGAUGCACAAAGGAUAUUCAAGACACCUGUGUAGGAGGGUUUGCCCGGAUGCACGCAAAAAUAAAGGAAUUGAAGCAGUCUGAUCCGAGUGCUCUAGUCGUCAAUGCGGGAGACGUAUUCACAGGAACCCUGUGGUUUGGUCUUUUCCGGUGGAAUGUUACUGCAGAAUUUAUGAACUUGCUACCAGUUGAUGUGCAGACGAUAGGGAACCAUGAGUUCGAUGUAGCCGGACCACAGGCAGCGGCCAGUUAUUUGACGAUGCUAACUAAUGUGAAGACGGUGAUUUCGAAUGUUGAUGCUUCAAAUGAACCCGAACUGGAACCUUUCAUCCAAAUCUCUCACAUCGUCACCAGAUAUGGUUUGAAAAUUGGUAUCGUCGGAUACGUCACCACCGACUAUCCGAAUUUGCAAAAUACGGGGAAUUUGGUGUUCCACGAUGAGGCAUACGCGACGAACCAGGUGAUUAAAGACUUGCGAGAAAUCGAUAAAGUCGAUGUGGUGGUGGCUAUAGCACACGCAGGUUACGCGAAAGAUUUGUACAUUGCAAAAACUCUUGAUGCUGAUAUCAUUGUUGGCGCCCACUCACACACUUUCUUGUACACAGGAACGCCUCCCCCGAAUUACGACAAACCUGAGGGGCAGUAUCCAACCAUCGUGACGCAAGCAAAUGGACGCAAAGUUUUAAUAGUUCAAGCAGGCGCUUUCUCAAAGUACAUCGGGUACUUAAAAGUUAAAUUUGACCAAAAAGGAGGCAGAUACUCGGUCACAUCAUGGGAGGGUAAUCCUAUUUUAUUGGACAAAACAGUGCGAACAGAUCCCGCAAUCGAGGCCAAACUCCAACCGUGGCGAAAUGAGGUGGAAGCAUACGGGAUGCAGAAAAUUGGCGAGACUCUGGUGCCUUUAGAUGAAGCAGGCGGUGUUUGUGAUCGUCAAGAAUGUCUCUCAGGCAGGAUGAUCACAGAUGCUAUGGUGUUUGAGUACUCGAAGCAGAGAGAGGGCCGAAGUUGGACCAGAGCAGCUGUUGGUGUGCUCCACGCCGAUGGUUUUCGUCCGGCAAUAAAGCAAGGAGUUAUAACAUAUGCCGACGUCUACGAGGCAUUUCCUUACAAUGAUCAUUUUGGAAUGGUGGAAUUGAAUGGGCAGCAUGUUCAAGAAUUCCUCGAGCGCUCUGUGGAGAAGGACAAUUCGCCGUUUUUGCAAAUGUCAGGUAUAAAGGUGAAAUUUGAUUUGACUAAGCCACCAGGACAGAGAGUUUCAGAAGUUUACGUUCGGUGUGCGACUUGUCCCAUACCAAGGUACGAGCCUCUAAUUAUCCACAAAUACUAUCGCAUCAUCAUGAGUGAAUGGAUGUACAAUGGUGGAAGUGGAUUCGAUCAGAUUAAGAAGCGUGCCAGAUUCUGGGCUCCAGGAAGGAAGGAUCUAGAGAUUGUUCUGGAUUACUUACAGAAUUACAGUCCUUUAAUCCUGGAAUUGGAUGAAAACUUAUCAAUCAAACUGCCCGUGGAAGCUAAUACGAACACCUCAGUAUAUGUGAAUACAGCACACAAAUAAAACCCUUAGAUAUAUUUAA